CUGUAACUUCGGCUUCCACAUCUAGUCGCUCGUCUCAUCCUUAGGCUACAGGAAUUAUUUUAUUCUUGAUUAUUUUAUGAAGAAAGGAACAAGAAAACUACAGAUACAUUAAGUACUUUAAUGUAACUUGAAGAUGGGAGACUCGGCCGCUGCUUCACUACUUGCGGACAGCACCUCUUUAGCCACCAGCACCUUGGAACGGGCGACUCUAACGGCACGAUCCACCACACACACGACCAGCUGUGAACGAGAGACAACGCCAAAACGAAGUGAGGCUCAGCAUGGGGAGAGUGGGUUCUUCUGGGGCCUGGUAGUGGUACUUCUCCUGUUGGCCUGUGGGAACCUUCUUCUUACUUUCUUUGCCAUGGGAGUUCUGAGACUUGGUUAUGGCAUGGAAAGUAUCGAGUUUCUUCCUGGAACUGAGACAACCAAGUUCUAUGGCCGUGCAGACUUGGGCAACGUAGACAAGAGGGACGGACUGAUAUAUAGUUACUCUGAUACGCCAUUUUCUAUCCAGGGAGACAACAGCAAGGUUUCUCUUACCUUAAUGACUUCCAAUACUCCUCCUGUACUGAAUGUCAGCCCUGAUAGGACGGAGAUACGUAGUGUUGACAGCUUCCAGGUGGUUGACCCACACUCAGGCAGUACAGUUUUCUCCACCAACUACCCAAACUUUGGCUUACCUCAAGGUGUCAAGAAUCUCAAUGUUAAAAGAAGCCGUACUGCCAGGAUUACCAGCCCUACUUUCUCAGACCUGAAGAUACGCUCCGAUUCUACGAUUCGACUGAAAGGAAAUGAAGGAAUGUCCUUUGAUGGAGGAAAGUUGACAUGGUCAGCUGAUCAAGAUAUAUAUGUUAAGAGCAUCAAUGGUUCAAUUUUACUGGAGACUGAAUCUGGCAUCAUGGUGGACGUCAAUACACUUCCUCUCGUUGACAACGUAGAUAAGGCUAAUGUCCGAGGCCAGUAUAAACUGUGUAUGUGUAUGCCACAGGGCCAGUUGUUCCGCAUCCCUGUCCCAACCGAUAACAACCGCCGCAAAUCGGAAAAUAAAAUCAAUUGUGCUAGUUUUACCAACCCUUGUUCUAGUGUUGAAUAGUAUUUUGUGGCUGCAUAAAUCUGAUUUUUUUUUUCUUUACAUUGUUCUCAAAAACUUAGUCUUUCACGUUUAGGCUUAGUUAGACUGAGUCAAAGAGGAAACAGAUAAUAAAUUGUAAUGCAGUUUUUUGACGGCCAGAUUCGAUCGUUGUCCAUUUUUUUUUACAUGAAGAAAGUUCAGAUUGAAGUUAAUCCUCCAGAAAUGAAGCAAAGAAGGCCAUAGGUCAAAAUAUAAUGGCAUGGAGGCUCUUCGGUCUUGCCUACUUGGAGGAGAGAAAAAGUUUAUUGUACUGAAGCAACUUUACUCAACUUAAAGUACAGUACAGUACUGUACUGUUAAAAUCAAUAUGGAUAACAAGGAUCUCCACUGUUCAUGUCACACCGAGAGGUUCAUGUUGCUGAACGGUUAUUUUAUUUAUUUAUUUUUUUUUUUUCAAAAACCAUCUGAAAGAAUUUUGUUUCUCAGGUUCUUCUCUAUUUUAUGUUUCAAUACAGGGUAUAAUAAUUAUGCUGAAAAAAAUAGGAUUACUACCUAGAUGACCUCAAACCUUAAUUGGACCUACUACUGUAUUACAUUAUGUAUUUAAAAUUUUCAGGUAUAACAGUACAGGGUAUUACACAAUUUCUGUUGAGGCAGCAUUGAUAAUCCGUGAAAAUACAACACUGUUCUGUACCUGGUUAUUCAACACAAUGAAGUGUUUGUCAAAAUUUAAAUCCCGUAGUUUCAUAGUAAACCUUAAGUUAAGUUAAAAGCAAAAUUUUUUUUUUUACUCUUUUAAUGUAUUUUCUUAUUAUGGAACUCGGAUGGUAGCCAUAAAAAUCACUCCUAGUCAACUCUCAUUAAUUAUGAACAAAAUCCACCGGCUGGCAGCUUGCACUGAUGAACACCUGCAAGGCUCUACAUAUAAACUUUGGAUUAACAGUUCAUUGUAUUAUUAAUGUAUUUUAAUAUAUUGUAUUAAAUGAUUAAACAGUAACAGUAAUUUGGACUCAGUCUUGAGUGGGCUAUACUUUACAAAGUACAGUAUUAAGUUUUACAUUGAGUGAAUACCACGAUCAAAAUUGAUUCUUUAUUUCCCGAGCACUCUUCUGCCUCUGUAUACGGUACAGCGCUGGCGUUCUGCUUGAGGACAGUAAAAAUUUCAUGGCUCUAUUGUACUGUGUAUGUACUGUUGUAUGUAAUUAAAUCAGGAUAAAAAAACUACAGUACUGUAUGACCAAAUCUUCCAUAUGUUGAAAUAUGGAUAAUUGCCUUUCUAUUGUACAGUGUUUCAUUAUUUAUUAAUUCACUGUUCAUCCUGUUUAGCGCUUGGGCCAUUCUUAUCAUAAGAUUUUUCUCUAGUUUUAUUUUUUUUUACUGUGAUCAAGAAGGACCAAGCCGAUAUAUUUAAAUUUUCUAUGUUACCGGUAUUCAAAAGUGUUAGAUUUCUGAGACCACUGAAGCUCUAAGGUCUUACUGUUGUAUACAUAAUUAUAAUGUAUACAUUUCUUCUAGUGUAGUGGAUAUACUGAAUACAAAAAUUAUCUGUAAAUAUGUCGUUAUAUAUCUUUCACAAUUUUAUUUGAAAGCCACACAGUGAAAGCUCAAAAAUCCUAAAAUUCCUAACUUUAACAAAUCUGCAGUUCCCUGAUUUAAAAUGCUGAGUAACAUUUAAGCAUGAGUUUGCCUCCUAUUAAAUCUUUUCUUUUUUAUAUUCAUGAGUUAUAAUGGUGACAUGCACAUACAUACUUAUUACCUAGUGAUAAAACUAUGUAUCACCUCUUUAUAUUUUAUUUAUGUCUCCUUGCAUUAUCUGUAUAUAUACGGUAGAUUACAUACAGUAUACAGUACGUAACUUGGAAAUCCCCACAAUAUUUGGUCAAGGUAUUUGGAUUCUUUGAGCUUUGACUGUACUGUACUGUACAUUAUUUACAUAAACUGAAGAAACAAAAUUUACUUUGCUCUAAUUUAUACAUAGGAUGGAUUUAUUAUUGUUAAAAAGAAAAUUCCCUUGAUAAUAUUAUAUAAGACAAGAACCUACUUUAUCAAGAAUCCCUAUGUUAUUUUUUUAAAAGAUUCUGAUACACAUUAGUAUUUAAUCAAACCAAAGACUAAUUUUGUCUCUGUUGUUGGUCAUAAAUUACUUAUAAGGCUGUUAGUAUGCUUUUAAUAUACAAGUUUUGCUUUGUUCAGUGUACUGUGACCAUGUAUAAAUGUUAAAUAAAGUUCAGUGUUAAUA